GUGUGCGUCCUGCAUGUUUGACUUUACAAUUCACUUUCUAAUGCCCUGGGGUGUGAUUGUUUGGCGUUAGUCUUCAACCAUUGGUCAUUAGUCUUCAACCAUUGGUCGUAACGGGGACAUUGGUCUACAUUAGUGCGGAAGGAAUGUUUAACACGACUCGCUAUAAAAACCAACACGAACCAGAAUCGAUUGUGAGAACUGAUACAAACCUGGAACAAAUAACUCGCUGAAUCUCGCAAAGCCUCGUCUUGAUAUCACUUAGGUGAGAUUUACAAGUCCUGUGGAUGAAUAUUUGCAAAAUGAAUGUUUCUUUGGAUGUAUUCUUUUGAGAUCAUUUAGAUCUGUAUUCAACCAACAUAAUGCGGAGCACGGCAAUUUGACAUUGACAAACCAACCCAAAGCCUUAUCAUUUCUCAAAUCUAUUUCUUAGAUGGAUGGUCACAUCUCUCUCUAGCUCUCCCUGUUGUGGGAAAUGACUGCAUCAUACAAAACUGAUUUAUUUGGUCGGAAACGGAAACCCAAGAUCUCAUGCCAUAAUACCGUCAAGUAGCAUCGCUGAUUAUUUUCAAGUUUUGAUUUGAAGACUUAUUUAUAGUCGUCAUCGUCGAUCAGCGGGUUUGUAAGACAUAACAAUUUUCAUUCCUUUCUACCAAAAUGAUCAUUACGCAUUCAUGUAGAAACAUGCUGUGCAGAUUCAUCGAUAGGAGGAACUAAUAUUGAGGCCGUCGUUUAAUUUCAAAAUGACGACUGAUGUGACUUCAACAGAUUCUCGAUCGUCAAACCAAACCAAUUUUGAGAUUCCGCCUGACUUUAUAAUCGGCGUGAUCUGUUUUUAUUCUCCACUCAUCAUCGCGACCCUCCUCAGUAAUUCUUUAGUCUUGCUGGCAGUUUACAGAGAAAAAAAUCUCCGGAAAAGAAGUAAUGUUUUCAUCGUGAGUUUAUCUGUUGCGGAUUUCUUGACGGGUCUCGUGGGUGUCCCAACAGCGAUCGUCGGUAGGCUGAUUCAGAACCACGUUACUUGCUUUACGGCAACCCGUAUGGUGUUCUUCACAGCUGCAUUUACAUUCUCUGCAGUGUCUCUCUUUCAACUCCUCGCAAUAACUGUAGAGAGAUACCUUGCUAUAGUUACUCCUUUAGUUUAUCACAAGAAUAUGACCCCACAACGCUAUUUCUACAUUAUAACAACCGUUUGGAUUUUAGGCAUCGUGUUUGGAAUUAUUCCGAAUAUUGGAUCGGGGAAUCCGAAUGAGUCAGUCUGCGUCAUGGAUUAUAAAAUAUCCCAUGCCGUCCGGAUCUUCAUGCUGAUAUUCGCAAUCUUCAUUCCUGUGGUUCUAUCUGCAAUGGGGUUGAUGUACUUUCACAUAUUCCGGACUGCUAGAUCUCAGGCGAACCGGAUUGCUGCUCUAAGACGAGCUCUGUUCCGGAAGGAUGACAACCAAACUGAUGAGCAAUCGGCCCAGAUGAAAGCUACCACCACAACAGCAAUCAUCCUUGGCGGCUUUGCUGCAUGUUGGAUGCCAAUGUCUCUGAAGUUCUUCAUUGAGGCGUCUUUGGAGUUAGACCCUUAUGCUAUCCUCCUCCUGCAGACGAUCUUAGAAUUUCCCGCUUACGCCAAUUCAGUCAUGAACCCUCUGAUUUAUUCAUACCGUAGUGCCGAGUUCAGGACAGCAUGUUGUAGAAUGUUGGCCCCUCUGAAACUCUGUAAGAGAAAUAAAGUGGAGCAAACACCUGUUCUUCCAUUUAGUGCUUGUAGCGUGACUUUACAAGACAAUUGUGUAUCUGAUGAUGUAAUAGUCAGUUAAACAAUGAUUAGUCAGAGUAUUAAGAAAGUAAACGGGGCGAGUUGACUUAUAAUGUAUUGUUUAUAACUGAUGUACGAUAGUUAUUACAGUGAGGGGUUUAAAACCAACGUGACGCCCUACUAAAAAAAAGGGAGGCGGUUCACAGAACAAAGGGUGAAAUUCUACUGAAGUCAAGUACUCACAAUUGGAAAUGUCAGCUUUGACAAAAAAAGCCGAAAUGCAACUUACCCAUAAAGUUAGGCGUUUAUCAUGAACUAUAUUUACAACGCUGAAUAUACAUCAAUGUAUAGGAAAGUUAGGCGUUUAUCAUGAACUAUAUUUACAACGCUGAAUAUACAUAAAUGUACAGGACAUCAUUGUUAUAAUCAAGACUAACGUUUUAUUAACCCAUCACAGGCUUAUCGCCACCAUGAUGAAAUUCCCCCCUUUUUGGGGUUGCCCGCAAUUUGCUUUAUUUAACCAAAAUUAUAACAGUGCAAACUUUGAAUGCCUCGUCUUAUUCCCGUCCAAUAGUGAUGACGUGGUAUAAAUAAGAACAGAUGCUUUCGAAUCAACAUUCUGCAACAUUUAAUUCAUCCUUACUAUGCUCUACCUAAAAUCAAGGCAUGCGUUUGGUAAUCACUCUUAAAAUCAAUGGCAAUAAACACUUUUGGUUAGAUGCUAAGCAGCUUUCGAUAGUAAAAAGCAUUUUGAGAAUCAUUUCACUUUUAUCCCCCCAAAAAAUUUAAUCCAAGAAAAUGUUACUGCCAGAGACUUUUCUCGGAUUGUGUACUCCCAUUACAAAUUUUUCUUCCUGUAUCGACUAACCGAACGGGAUGGUCGGCCAUAUCCCCAAAACUUGCCAAAUUUUUAAGUGAAAUUUUCACAAGUUAUAGUUUUAUUGUUUUCCCAUUUAUGUAAAACGGUUCGAUAAAGACAAAAGGUAUAUUUUGCCUUUUGUUGAUUUAUAGUUGCCUGGGAAUCUCCGUUACAUAGUUUUAUAUCAAAUUAAGAUCAACCUCAACGAUAUUAACUAAAUUGAUAUAAUAUCAGCUAUACUGGAGGAAUACAUUUAGAUCAAUACACAUCCUUUUACUUUUUUCCCCUUAAAAUUAAUUAACCACUAAUUUAAAAUAAAAAAAAUGUUUGUCCCAUGUGGACAUUGGGAAUCAAACUAAGAAUCGUGUGGAAUUUACUGCAACUGUUUAAUUAGCAGAACGAUGUAAUGUUUCAACAAUCUGCUGUUUGUCUUUUGAUUGUGUUUAUUUUGAAAUUAUUUUGUGGUUCCAAAUUCCAUCGAUUUUUAGAAUCAAUG